GGUCGCGGAGGGACUGGGGUCCGGGGCGCGAGCCCGGGCCGCAAAGACCCACAGGCAGCGGGCAAGACUGACAGGCGGCGGGGCAGCCUGGCCGGCCCGGGGCGGAGUCGGCUGCGGGCGGGGACGCGGCGGGGGCGGCGCGGGGAGAUCGCUGGGUGAUCGCGGCGGCGGCGCGGGGAACCGACGCCCGGGCGCCCCGAGGCGCCAGUAUGUGGAGCGGGUCGCCAUCCCUCUCUGAACCUCGGGUGCCUCGUCGUUCAAACUGGGCUGGGGAGAGCAUCUCCCUGUAGCAGCAUCGCGAGUUAACACAUGAUGACGUCUGUGGAGAUGUGGAGUGGUGGGCUGGCGUGGACGUGAACAGGAGCUUGAGAAUCUGAGCUGUUCGUGGGUCUGGAGCUGAAGAUUUGGCCACUCUGUAGGCUGAGCCUGGCUGGGCUUGCUGGUUGCUCGGGGACCCAACACACGAAACCUUUCCUGGGACCCCUUUGGCCUCUGGACGAGAGUCACUUGCCUGUCGGCCUCAGUGUCUCAGGGCUUACUGGACUGCCCAUAAGUGUAUGAGCGUGAUUCUGAACCGGGCCCCUGUGCCGUGGCUGUUCCUGAGCUGAGCCCUGGGUCGGAAUUCCUGCAGACCAGACCAGCUGUAGUCGCCCUGGAACCCGGGCUUGGUGGCCCCAGGCAGAGGCCAGCCCCAUCCGGACGAGGGCCACCCACCGCCCCUCGAAGCUGUCCCAGUCCCCUGGAAGAGUGUGGGCUCCUGCAAAAGCCACAGGGAGUCCCUGGGAAGCCUGGUGGAGACCCCUGCAGGGAAGGAGGCCCAAGGCGAGGAGGACCUUGCGGCCAGCCGGCUGGACGUGUUGCGUCUGCGCAGCUCUUCCAUGGAGAUCCGAGAGAAGGGCUCGGAGUUCCUGAAGGAGGAACUGCACAAAGCCCAGAAGGAGCUGAGGCUGAAGGAUGCGGAGUGUGAGCGGCUGUCCAGGGUGCGCACGCAGCUGGAGCAGGAGCUGGAGGAGCUCACGGCCAGCCUAUUCGAGGAAGCCCACAAGAUGGUCCGAGAAGCCAACAUGAAGCAGGCAGCGUCAGAAAAGCAGCUGAAGGAGACGCGGGGCAAGAUCGACAUGCUGCAAGCAGAGGUGACAGCCUUGAAGACACUGGUCAUCACGUCCACACCAGCCUCUCCUAACCGCGAGCUCCACCCACAGCUGCUCAGCCCCACCAAGGCCGGACCCCGCAAGGGCCACUUGCGUCACAAGAGCACCAGCAGCGCCCUCUGCCCCGCCGUGUGCCCCGUGGUAGGACACGCCCUCACCCCGGACAAGGAGGGCAAAGAGGUGGACAUGACCCUAUUUGCAGAGUUCCAGGCCUGGAGGGAAUCGCCCACCCUGGACAAGACCUCCCCCUUCCUGGAAAGGGUGUACCGGGAGGACGUGGGCCCCUGCCUGGACUUCACCAUGCAGGAGCUCUCAGCCCUGGUACGGGCCGCCGUGGAGGACAACACGCUGACCAUCGAGCCCGCGGCUUCGCAGACACUGCCCGCGGUGAAGGUGGCCGCUGUCGAGUGUGGCCGCACCAAUGGGUUCCGGGCCCCGAUCGACACUACAUGUGCCCUGAGUGGCCUGGCCUGCGCCUGUCGUCACCGAAUCCGGCUUGGGGACUCCGAGAGCCACUACUACAUCUCACCGUCCUCCCGGGCCAGAGUGAGUCAUCCAAGGGGAGUGUUACCUGGCUCCUUAGAGGCUCCCUGGGCUGGGACUCUGAGCCCCAGGCUGCACAACCUACAAUCUACAGAGCAGGGCACAGGCUCAGAGAGAUCACGGCCGUGUGCAACUUCUUCACCUACAUCCGCUACAUCCAGCAAGGCCUGGUGCGGCAGGAUGCGGAGCCCAUGUUCUGGGAGAUCACAAGGCUGAGGAAGGAGAUGUCGCUGGCCAAGCUUGGCUUCUUCCCCCAGGAGGCCUAGGGCAUGGCCCAGGCCUGGAGGGGGCCUCUGAGCUGGAGCCAACACCUGCCCCAGGAGAGACAGACGGGGUCCUAGAGCCAGCCCUGA